CAAAAAUGUGAAUAAUUUCUAAUUUUAACAAUAAAACCAAUAAGUCACUAUGGCAUUGUUCAUGAAACAGGAUUUCACUCCUCCGAUCCUGUCGAGAAGAUGGCUGGCUAUCAAAUUCAGACCGAACAUGCUGAUCUAUAGUCGCCAUCACGUGAUAGCCAUAUUAGAGAGUGGUUUGAUGUUUAGAGAGGACAGCGUUGAGGUGGAACAAGAGACCCCUUCGCCGGAGGAGGUGUGGGCGGUCGCUGGGGGCUCGAUGGGGGGAUGGCUCACUAGGGGCGAGGCAAUCAUCUCUGGAGGCCUAGUUACUGCUGCUCUGAUCGCUUUUCCGCCCAAAAGUUUCGACAGAAGAGCCCUCCUGAACGCGGGGACGUAUCUGGCCAUGCCGAUAUUGGUGCGGUCCGCGCACCGCUCCCGGUGCGGCGGCUCGCUGGGGGCGCUCGUCUCGAACAUGCGGGAGUACCUGUCGCUGGCGCGCAGAGCUGCGGCCUGUCUCAAGGAAUACAGGGCGCUGCACACGGAUACCGCCGGCGUCGCGUCCGUGCUGGAGUCGACGCACGCGCUGCUGUGCCGGCAGCAGGCGGGGGCGGCGGUGCUGAUGUCGCGCGCGUCCUCCUCGUUGCUAGGCAACGCGCCCUGGCUCCGCGGCGACCUCGCCUGGGACGCCGUUGCCUUCGGCGACACCGACAACCUGAUGAAAAUCCACCACGGCUUCCUGGUUGUGCAAUCGACGCUGCUAAAGCACAUAGCAUUGGCUCAUUUUCUCCCGUCGCAAUACGCACGGAAGAUAUACCGGAAUCACAACGAAAGACUGUAUUGGCUCCACAAUGUCUUGAUAAGGCAUUUAAAUGACGAAUUCGUGCAGAAUCGCGACUCAUUGGAGCGAAUGUAUCGAUUAUUGAAGAAUUCGGGGUGUCGAGAUAUCGAUAAUAAGAGAUUAGGGUCGGCCGUUGUCGAUAACUGGGCGUAUUCGGAGGUGCACACGGGCGUGGCCAGAACUUGUCUAGAACUAAAACUGGCCCUGAACAAAUGCAACAGUCUAGAUAUGUUCUUCGAUUCGUGCGCUUCGAACGAUCACAAUCUAGAUUUGGACGUUAUCGAUAAAGACUUAGAGUCGAUAAUCGAUGGGAUAACGAAAUGCUUGAGCACGAUGCAGAGUUCGCAGUUGCGCUUGAAGAAGUUGCGCGGGAAACUAGUCGAGGACGCGACGCGGCAAGAUGGCGUCGACGUUACCGAGACGUUGACGGUUUUGAAAAUCGAAGACCGCGCGCCGGUUGUGGAGGAUGAGGUUUUUUAUUACGUGAAAACGGACGAAGACGUCGUAGCCGUGCAGCCGGUCGCGGAUUUGACUACGGCUCCGGGUGAGAAGGAAAAGGAGGCGACUAAGAUCGUGCUCGGCGAGUUGAGGAGGAUAUUGGGGAAGAGAGAGAGCGUUAUGAGGGAGCGAGAGAGAAGAGCCCUCGUGAGAACGAUGCCCGAACUGAAAGACCUACCGGAAUUCCCGAGGCAGAUUAACUACGACGAUUACGUCAAAAGUAAAGGCUGCAUCGCUAAAUACAAGAGAAAAUCCAAAAGGAAAAAACUCUUCAAAACGUACAGCAUAUCUGUGAAUCGAAAUAAAAAUAUUAAAUACUUAAUGCUCCUUCGCAAAUAUGUUAACGAAGAUGACAUUGCCGAUGUUACAUACGAAGCGAACGCCAAAACGAAUUUCAAAAGUAAAUUGUUAACGUUUGAAUGGUUAAAAACAAAAGAUAACAGAAAAAAUAAAAUAUUAAUAAUUAUCAAAUGGUGUAAACUUACGAAAUGUUUGAACUUAAUCAAAAAUGUGGCUGCGACGAGCCGGGACGUCGCCGCUGAAAGCGAAAAUGAAAGCGUCAAUGACACUGACACUGACAGCUUCAAAGUAACGAAGAAGGAUUUGGAGAUGACGUCAUCGUCUGACAGCGAAUCGGAAAGCUUACUGCGCGACGUCAGAAAGAACAGGGUUGUCAGGCGGAAGAAUUACCCGAGAAUUAGGGGAAAUUACAACGGGUCCGACGAGAGUUGCCGGCCUAUAGAAUACAGCUUGGGCACGGGUCUAGCUAUGGCGUCCGUCCUGCAGAUCAACAGUAAUGCGAAGAUGCCGAGCAUGGCCCAAGAGGAGAUAUUUAUUGGAGACGGCGAAGUUUCAAACGACAGUGGCAAUGAUGAGGAAUCAUAGCGACCGGCUCACGGAAGUUUUUUUUUAUUGCUUAAAUGGCUGGACGAGCUCACAGCCCACCUGGUGUUAAGUGGUUACUGGAGCCCAUAGACAUUUACAACGCAAA